AUGAGGCCAGUUUGGGCUAUGAAAGCCAUAAUCGUCAUCGUAGUCACUUCGAUUCUCUUCCGUGGCGUUUGUGGUGCUAACCACACUGUCGGCGGAGCUUCCGGCUGGGAUCUCAAUUCCAAUAUGCACGAGUGGUCUUCAACCACUACCUUCAAUGUCGGUGAUGAUCUCGUGUUUUCUUACACGCCGUUACAUGAUGUGGUGGAAGUGAACCAUCAAGGCUACGACACGUGUACGAUAGUAAACGCAAUAGGGACGUACAAUACCGGAGAAACAGUGAUCCAUCUCACCUCAGAAGGAACCCGUUACUUCGUCUGUGGGAGAUUGGGCCAUUGCCAACAGGGCCUCAAACUCGAAGUCCGAAUUCCGAUCAAAUCCAACAAUAACGGAACUGAUGAUAAUCAAAACCAACCCGGCGGUGCUCGGAGAAAUCCAUCUCCACCUCGUUUUCCUCCGCGUAAUCCUCCACCACCUCAUAAGUUUUCUACUAGUCCUUCAGAUGCACCUCCUGAUGCACCUGUUGAAGAGCCUUGUGAUUGUUCCUCUGCAGGGGAGGGUCGUUGGGUUGUGCCAUUGGUCAUCUUAGGUUUGUCCUUGUCUUCUUUGUCUUUGCCCAUUUGCAUCUCUUAG